AAUCACUCUCUCCAUCGAGGAAAAAAACAACGAGUAUUCGACUCCACUUCUCGUCUCGGCAUCGGCAUUCAAGCUUCUCUAGGCACUUGGCUCUCUUGCGCUCAAGACCGAGCCCUGGACGCGAGGUGCUGCUUCACCUUAGCCCGCUGAAAAGAUGGCGUGGGACCACUUGUCGAUUACCAAGUCGCACUUGGUGUACAUCAUCCUGGGCGGCUUCACUUCGCUUUUUAUGCUAUGCUCCUCAUUCAUCAAAGAGCGUCUUUACAUUGGUGAGGCAACCGUCGCCACCUUGGUGGGCGUCAUCUUCGGCCCCCAUGCCGCUAACCUCAUCAACCCUAACAGUUGGGGAAACACGGACGAGGUAACCCUAGAGUUCUCACGCAUUGUCUUGGUUGUCCAAUGCUUUGCUGUUGGUGUUGAGUUGCCCAAGUAUUAUAUGGAGAAGCACUGGAAAUCCGUCGUCUUUCUACUUUUCCCGGUCAUGACAUAUGGCUGGCUAAUUACUAGUCUAUUUAUAUGGUGGCUAUUCCCCCUCGACUACCUGGAGAGCCUUGUUGUUGCGGCCUGCGUCACAGCAACUGAUCCUGUCCUGGCCUCGUCUGUUGUUGGUAAAGGCAAAUUUGCAAAGCGUGUACCCAAACAUUUGAGGGAUCUGCUUUCCGCCGAGUCUGGUUGCAAUGAUGGAAUGGCCUUCCCUUUCGUAUAUCUGGCCCUCUAUCUGAUCCACGACCAUCUGGAUGCUCGCGAGACCGUAUUCCACUGGUUUGUUUAUACCAUCAUCUACGAAUGCAUCUUCGGCGCUGUUUACGGGUUCCUCAUUGGAUACAUUGCCCGCCAUGGUAUCAAAUAUGCUGAAAGACAUGAUCUCAUCGAUCGCGAAAGCUUCCUGGUGUUUUACUUCGUGUUGGCCCUUUUCUGCGCUGGCUCAGGUAGUAUUCUAGGUGUCGAUGAUCUGCUCGUUGGAUUUGCAGCUGGUGUUGGGUUCUCUAACGACGGUUGGUUCCAUGAGAAGACGGAGGAGUCGCACGUCUCCAACGUUAUUGACCUGUUGAUUAACUUGGCUUAUUUCGUCUAUCUGGGAACAAUCAUUCCGUGGGAGAUGUACAAUGACUUUAGCAUAGGCUUAUCCGCUUGGAGGCUCACGGUCAUGUCGAUCUUUGUCAUCCUUUUCCGCCGUAUUCCGAUUAUGCUUCUGCUGAAACCCAUUAUUCCGGAUGUGAAAACUUGGCGUGAGGCCCUCUUCGCCGGUCACUUCGGCCCUAUCGGCGUCGGCGCCAUCUUUGUGGCGAUACUCGCUCGCGCCGAACUCGAAACAGAACAUACGAUACCACUCGCAGAAAUCCCGCCAAUGGGCACAGAGAAUUAUCGGGCCAUUCUUCUGGUAUGGCCGAUCGUAACUUUUAUGGUCAUAUCGUCCAUUCUCGUUCACGGCUCGUCGAUAGCGGUUUUCACACUUGGGAAGCGCAUCAAUACCCUGUCCCUGACCAUGUCAUACACUACUGCUCCUGAAGAUGGACCUGCUUGGAUGAGCCGUCUACCUAGGAUCUCCUCACAAUCUCGAUCGCAAGCACGGACUAUGUCUGAUACUGACUAUGACGAUCUCAAGUCUCCAACGUUUCCACCUGGAACGCUUCCACCAACGGGCGUCGCUGGUCAGUUUUUGCGACGUCAGCGUGAGGAGGAAAACCCUAGUCGGGCCGGAAGUCGCGCAUCGUCUAUAGUCAGUCGACGACGCAGAAAGAAGUGGGAUGAUGGGAUUGGUCCUGGUGGACCGGUUACCCAGUCCGCUAUCUUCCCGCAGAGGCGAAGUGCGAGCGACCAAGUUGAGCCAGUGUCACCUAUAGAUAAUGAGAAAAUUACUCCACUUUCACCGCACCGAGAUGGCUCUCCUACUUCACCUAACGCCCAGGAAGUUGAUAUUGAAAAGUCUGGAGGGUCUACACCUGAACAGCAACAGAAAGAUGGGGAAUCGCCACCAUUCGCCGUGUAUGACGAGGGGGAUCAUAUUGUGAUUGAAGAUAGAGAAGGCGAGGUUGUAGCCGUCGAUAGGACAGCACAUGAGUCGGCUUUGCCUAACGUGGAACCCUUGGUUGAAAAGGCGAAGGAGGAAAUUCAGAAACCAGGCUGGACAUACGACUCGCUUAAGAAGAGUCUUGCAAAAUGGCGUGACGAAGAGGCUCAGAAACGAAAGGACAAGACCAAGGAAGAGCGCAAGCAUGCACCGGCCCGGGCUUAUCAAUUCGGCAAUACGAUUAUUGUUGAAGACGAAGACGGCGAGGUCGUCAAGAAGUAUGAUCUCCCUGCCCAGCGAGGCGAAGGAAGGGACUAUGUCGCCACAGGUCUGAAGUAUAUGGGAAUGGGCGGACUAGUGAAGCCAGGGGACAAGGAAGCCAAACCUGUGGAAUCAUCUCAAGCUGGUCCGGCCGCUGCGACGCAGGCGACACCUGGAUCAGCUAAGCGGCCGUCUGUCGUUGGAUGGGCAGGAUUUGGUCGCUCCGGGAACGUCCAGCAAAGAAAUAAGGGCGGCGACUCAGAGACUGGUCACGAUCUACAUGACGAUGACCGUGGAAUUCGGUUCACCAUAAGCGGCGCUGAUAGGCGGAUGACCAAGGAAGAUUUCCUUAAAGAAGUCCAAAAGCUUGAACGAUCGAAUCGAGAAGUACCAAGUUCUGUCCAGGCGAAGACCGAAGCCUCGGCCACAUCCACACCCGCACCCACACAAAUCAGCGGCCCGGCCGUUUUGAAUCCGCACAUCAGUGUAACGCACGCUAGUGAUAGCACCCGUGGCGCGAGCAAAUCCCCCUCUCGGCCAAUCGACGCUACUGCUGCCGCUGCCUCUGAUGAUUCUCCCCGCGGACGAAGCGAGACAAAAGACACAGAGGACGUUGAGACAGCUGCAGAGCGUCGACGUCGACUAGCAGCGUUUGCGAGUGUACAGGAAGAUGACAACGGUGAGACACCAGCGGAGAGGCGAAGGAGAGAGGCAGCAUUAGGGGUUGCCGGCACAUCAUCAGAAGAGAGCGAUAGCGAUGACGAUGAUACACCGAGAGUUCCACCCGAAAGGCGAGGCAUCAGAUUUGCCGAGGGCCCAGCGAAACGGGCAUGAAAGAUGGUGAUUUAGAUACAUAGAUACCAUAUAGCUUUUGUGUCUUGUUAUUUCAUUUUUUCUUGUCAUCUUCAGACAGAAGAAGGUGGCUACGGUUCAGGUCUCAAUUAUACAUAGUUCUAUAGCGAUGCCAAAAUGACUGAAUGAAUCAAAUACAAAACUGGGCACUAAAAAUAUAUUUUUUCCUUUAAGCUAAAGGAAUGAGUGAAUAUGAUGAAUGGUGUAGUGGUAUUGUAGAAACCUACCUUUAAGAUACAUUCC